UGGGGCAGAGAUUUUAAAGUUUCCAGAAGAUUAGUCAGGAUUGGACUGCACACUAUUGACUUCAGUCAUACCAUUUCUCCCCCCCCCCUCCAAUUAGGUGUAACCUCUAUGUUGAAGUGGAAAAGACAUAGGAAACUGCAGUUGCUAUGGCAGCUUUGAGUCCUGCUGCUGGUUCCCCAUCAACUGCACCGAUACCACCAGCUUUGCCUCUCGGACCAGGGACAGGAGCCAUAGCAGCUCGUGGCAAAAAGCGACCUGCCAGCCCUGGCAAUGGUAGCUGUAGUAAGAAGAAGCGCUUGGCAGCUCCAGCUGGUAGCAGUGGGAAUUCUCAGAGUACCAAUGCAGAGACAGCAAAUGAAAAUAAAAUGCUGACUACUGAUUCAAGCACCGGACCGGUAGAAAAUUCUGUCAAACCAUUGCCGUUUAAGGCUCCAAGUUUCAUUCAUUCUGGGAUUGGUGGUGCUGCAGCUGGCAAAAAGAACAGAACCUGGAAAAACUUGAAGCAAAUCCUUGCAUCAGAGAGGACAUUGCCAUGGCAGUUGAACGACUCAAACUACUUCAGCAUUGACGCUCCUCCUUCCUUUAAGCCAGCCAAGAAAUACUCUGAUAUUUCUGGACUGCCUGCCAACUAUACUGAUCCACAGAGCAAACUGAGGUUUAGCACCAUCGAGGAGUUCGCAUACAUCCGGAUGCUCCCUUCAGACAUUGUUACAGGUUAUCUGACUCUAAGGAAAGCUGCAACUGUUGUUCCCUGACAAGUAUACCCUGACAAGUUUGCUUCUGUUGUAACAUGUUCAUAUGAGUAACAGUCAAAAGACUGUUCUUGCAGUUGCCCCUAAUCUUCAGUCCACUUAAAUUUUAUUUGUGGUAUUCAAAGUUGAACACAUUCUGUUGCAGUCAUUCAUGAAGUUGUAAAACUGCAGCCAUGCAAAAAGUAAUUUGUACUGGCUAUAAGAAAAGUCAAAAAUCCACUGGGGUUUUUAAGCUGAUUAAAUAGUAUUCUUCUGUCAUUUUGGUAUAGUAUACAUAAAGUACAUGAGAAAUUCAA